AUGCCGGGCGCAGUAGGCGGAGGCCAUUCCCACCGGGCCACGACCAAGGUGUCGCACAAGGCAUUCAAGUCAAGAAAGUCGACCAAAGGCCAAAUGCGCGAUGCUGCAAAAGGGCGGACCGCAGGCGAAAAAGGAUUGCGCAAGACACCACACCAGCAAGUCAUGUCGAAACUUGACCGACGGAAUCGGGCCAAGCAGCUCCAGCAGGAGAAGGCCCGCGAACAUCAAAAGGAGGCCUCUGUUUUCGCCGGAAAAGAUGGCGCCCCUCGACAAGUUGCCGUCAUUCCCCUGUGCGCCGACACCGAUGCCGCCGCGGCGAUUCGCAGCAUGAACCGUGGCGCUGAUAUAGAGGCCGAGAUACACGGCACCUGCUUCCGCGUCCCGGUGGACAGAUUCAAGCAGAAGCUACAGUACAUCCCGCUGAAAAGAGACCUCACGGCAUGCUUGGACGCCGCCCGAGUCGCCGACUUCGUCGUUAUUGUUCUUUCGGCCGAAGUGGAGGUGGAUGAAUUGGGAGAAUUGAUCUUGCGGAGUGUCGAGAGCCAGGGCAUGUCGACUUUGUUCACUGUUGUCCAGGGGCUACACAAUAUCGGACCCGCCAAGCAGAGACUCUCCGUUGUUUCCUCGCUCAAAUCGUUCAUCACACACUUUCACCCGGAGCAAGAAAAGAUCUAUAGUCUCGACAACGUCCAAGAAUGCGCCAAUCUUAUGCGGUCAUUAUGCAGCACCACACCCAAGGGAAUUCGGUGGAGGGAGGAGCGCAGCUGGAUGCUUGUUGAGGACAUUGAGUGGGCAAGGUCGGGAAUGGCGCCCACUGUUCUGACCGGCGUAGUCAGGGGCAAGGGCUUGAAUGCUGACCGGCUGGUACAAGUUGGUGAAUGGGGUACAUUCCAGAUUGAGAAGAUUACAGCGGCGCCACUUGUGACACGGAAAAAGAAGGGCGAUGAUGCCAUGGUGGAGGAAGAUAUGGCAGAGGAGAUACUUGGAGAGCCCACCGAAGACCAAGACGGUCUCGACGAUCUAGCGCCGGAGGAGGCUACUAUGGAUGAUGACGAUGAUAUGGAUGCAGCGACGACUAUGACGACAUCCAAAAAGGGGGUGCUUUUGGAUGAUCACCAUUAUUUCUCUGAUGACGACCAAGUUCAGGAGCUACAAAUGCCGAAGAGAGUCCCCAAGGGCACGUCGAAGUACCAGGCUGCGUGGUUUUUGGACAACGACGAUGACGUUUCCGAUUCUGGCUCCGACUUGGAAGACCAUGACAUGCAAGAUGUCGAGGAAGGAGAGGACGAAGCACAACCAGAAGACGGGAUGGAAGGCCUUGCAGGGGAUGCCAUGACAGAAGCUGGGCCGUCAGAGUACCCCCAGUCGGUAGCCUUCAUCGAGCCCGACGAGGACGAGGAUGCCAGGGCACUCGAGGCCUACCGCAAGAGCAAGAGGACAGAAGCCGAGGACGACCUAGAAUUUCCCGAUGAAAUCGAACUUCAUCCCGGCGUGCUUGCCCGGGAGCGGCUCGCCAAGUAUAGAGGUCUCAAGAGUUUGAGGUCAAGCCCCUGGCUGGAGGACGAGGACCGUGCGUAUGAGCCGGAGGAAUGGCAGCGUCUGCUACGGAUCCCCGAUUAUCAAGGUUCUCGUGUCCGGGCUGCUCGCGAGGCCUUGGUUGGCGGUGUGGCUCCUGGCACUCGUGUCCACGUCUACAUCAAGGGAGUGCCAGUGGCAACCCAGAAAACCUACGACCCGAGCCGGCCAGUUACCCUCAUCUCACUCCUUCGACACGAGCAGAAGCGGACGGCCGUCAACGUCCUGAUCAAUCUCAGCUCCGACUGCCCGAAGUCGCUGAAGGCGAAGGAGGAGCUGAUCGUGCAAUACGGUCCGCGGCGGUUUGUUAUCAAUCCCUUGUUCUCGCAAGGAGGCAGCACACCCAACGACGUCCACAAGUACUGCCGGUACCUGCACCCCGGCCAGUCCGCCGUGGCGACAUUCAUGGGCCCCGUCGCAUGGGGCUCCAUGCCGGUCCUCUUCUUCAAGCGGACCGCGGCCACCGCCGAGGACGACGAGGACGGCGAGGACGACGAGCACCCCACGCUGCCACUGACGCUGAUUGCCACGGGCACCACGCUCCCGCCGUCGACAUCGCGCGUGAUUGCGAAGCGGGCCAUCCUCACGGGCCACCCGUACCACAUCCACAAGAAGAUCGUCACCAUCCGGUACAUGUUCUUCAACCGGGAGGACGUCGAGUGGUUCAAGGCGCUGCCGCUGUGGACUCGGAGGGGGCGUGGCGGUUUCUUCAAGGAGGCGCUGGGUACGCACGGGUACUUCAAGGCGACCUUCGACGGGCGGAUCAACCCGCAAGACUCGAUCGGUGUAAGUCUGUACAAGCGGGUGUGGCCUCGCAACGCCCGGCCACUGGACGGGCUGCUGCUGGACCCGGCGCUGGUGCAGGAGGCCCAGGGGGAUGCGAUGGAUGCGGAGUAA